CUUACUAAUAUAAUUUUUUGAAAAAAUAAAUUUUAUGGUAGUGGUAAUUACUGUAAGUUUCUUAUAAAUGAGUGAUAAAUUUAUGGAAAAUGGAAGUUGGAGCAGUGAAACAAGCAUUUAAUAACGAGGUUAUCCUACUUAAAAAGAAUCUGAAUCAAGCUAAGAUACAAGUUAUACAUAAACUUACGAGAAAAGCUAAAACAUUUGCCGAGAAAAAAUGUCCUGAAAAGUUAAAAGAGAAGCUAAAACGUAAAGCUGAAUCAGCUGUCAAAGAAGUUCUUAUUAUCAAGAAAAUCAAACCUAGAGAUUUAGCCAAGUUUAUAGUAACGCAUAAAGGAAAGCUCAAUGAUUAUCUCAACAAACCUGAUGUAGAUAGCGACAAAGCAUGCGCAAGGUUGUUGCUGCACAAAGCACUGACUAAUAAGUAUCAAAUAAUCAAAGAGAGGUUUGGAAAUGUUUCCAUUAAAGAUCUCUUCAUGUCCCGUCAAGAAAGAAGGCAACUGAAGAAGGAGGCCAGAGAGAAACAAGAGAAGAAAAAGAAGAAAAGAACUAAUUCAGAAACUGACAACACUGGGGGUGUCUGGGAUGUUGAAGUCAAUAAGCAAGGCUUCUCAAAUGGAGGCAAAAAAGAUGCAGAUGAUUCUUUAGAUGAUAGUGGAUCAGAAGAUAAAAAUGUUGAUGAAGGUCAAUCAGAUGUUGAAAAGGUCGAUGAAAGUGCAUCAGAAGUUGAAUAUGCUGCUGAGAGUGGAUCAGAAGCUGAGAAUGGCAUUGAAAGUGACGAAGAGUCUGUAGAUAAUAAAGAGGAUUCAGACCAAGAUAGUAAAAAGGAAGAAGUAAAUUAUGCAAAAAGGAAAUUAAAUUCAACGUACCAACCUGUACCAAGAAAACAAGAAGAGUUGGAAAGUGAUGAAUCUGGUUCAGAGCAAGAUGAUUCUGAUGAAGAAGACUUACCAAAACAAAACUUAGUAAAUAAUUCAAAAAAUAAUAGAGUAGAAAUACCUAUAACUAACAAACCAGAUCAUAUAGUAAAACCACAAGGUAAAGUAAAACCACAAACAACAGAAAACAAACUGAACAAACUACCAAUUAAGAAUGCUGAAAAAAGACAAAAAGAUAACAAAAAUAAAAAUUUAAACGAAAAACUCAAAAAGAGGAAAUUUAAUAAAGAUUUCGAUGAUACUGAGAAACAGAAAACUACAAUUGUUGAUCCAUUCUUCAUCACAUCAACUGGUGAUAACUACAUGUCGUUGGUAGAACCUAGAGCUCCAGAUGAGGUGAAAGAAGUGCACAAAGAAGGAAACAGGAAAUACAGAAGAGCAGUUAUGUUUGGACACAUAAAGCCUAGAAGAAAUGAUAGACCCAAUAAAUAUAACCAGAAAAAUGACAGGAAUAGUAGUAAAGAUUUUAGGAAUAUUGGAAAUAAGAGUAGCAAGUUUGAUAAUAAAAAAUCUGAAAGCGUUGAGGCAAGUGCUCCGCCAGAGAAACUACAUCCAUCGUGGGAAGCAAAGAAACGACAGUCCACUAUAGUGCCGUUUAAGGGUAAAAAAGUUGUGUUUGAUGAUACUUAAACAAUUAUUGUGUUUUACGUUACACGUUACGUUAGUAAAUGUUUUACGAAAC